AUGGCUGCCUCGGCCACUGGCGAAGUGAACAAGAUCUCGGUUGACUCUAGAAAAAGACUCUGGCUAUCGUCCUGCAUGUGCAUUGAAAGAAAAAAUAUUUUGGACAAUGUGGAUGACAUUAUUUUGGUAGAAUCCGAGUCUGAGAAUGUGGUCGAGAAUGCGGUCGAGAAUGCGAACUUAUUGCGUGAUGACAACGUAGUAAAAGAUGAUGCAUCUUUACAAGCACCCGAGGUUGGUAUGAAAUUCAAUGAUGAAAAUGAAUUGUUUGAUUACUACAAAAAAUAUGCAUACGCUGAAGGGUUUCCAGUCAGAAAAAUGAACUCAAAAAAGGAUGAUGACAGUGUUGUAAGAUAUGUUACAUUAACAUGUAGUCGUAAGGGAAAAAGAAGUAGUACUACAAGCGAUUCUUUAAAACCACAACCAACCAUUCAAACAGGUUGUAAAGCGAGGCUGACUGCAUCUAUGGAUAGUCGUGGAAUAUGGAGAAUUAACACGGUAAACCUCGAGCAUAAUCAUAAGACAAGUCCAUCAAAAUCCAGGCUAUAUUGA